AUGCCUAAAGAAAUUAAAGAUAUCAAAAAUUUCUUAAAUAUUGCUCGACGAAAAGAUGCUAAAUCAGUUACAAUUAAACGUAAUCCAGAUCGUGCUACACGACAAGGCAAUACUAAAUUCAAAGUUCGAUGCAGUCGCUACUUAUAUACAUUAAUUUUGGCUGAUAAAGAAAAAGCUGAAAAGCUUAAACAAUCAUUACCACCUGGUCUUAAUAUGAAUUUAUCAAUUAAUUUCCUAGUCAUAUGUAUAUGUGCAAUCGUAUUAGCACCUCAAAAAGUCAACAGUUUAUUUGAAGAUCAAGUAGGCAAAUUUGAUUGGCAACGUCAACAUGUUGGUCUCAUAGAUGAUUCUCAUCAACCAUCCAGUAGUACCAAUCGUAUCAUUGUUGCCAGUCAUGAAAAUGUUAUUGCUUCACUCGAUUUAUCUUCACGUAAACUUGGUAAUUAUAUCUAUUACUUUUAUUUUAUUUUAUGA